CGCUGAGGGCUCCUCCCUCGUAUCCGGAUUCCGGAUAAAGAAGGCUCGUGCAGUGUAUUCUGUGUUUUCUGGAAAGUCCGACCACCAAGCCAUGCAAGUGCCCGCGGAAGCCCAGGCGGCGAUCACGACCGAGCGCUGGGCGCAGCUUGAGGCUAUGGUCGGCAGCAACUUCGCAGGCAUGAAGAGUGACGUUGCUGCCCUGCGCCACGCGGCGACAGAGCUUGGGGUCCAGGCCAAGCUGGUCGAGGACGGGGACUGCACGGUGUUGCAGGGCUCCAUUCGUUACAGCGUCAAGAAGCACAAGCGUCAAAUGGUGCUAGCUGCGCGCAAGACGCCAGAGAAGAAAGUGCACCCCACGUCGUUGGCGAGAGCGUCCAAGAAGCGCGCUUCUCCAGCUGCGACCCGAACGGCGCUCACAACGCCGACGAAGCGUCAGAAGACAACGGACGGCUCUUCGAAGGCCGAGCUUCCCGCGGGGUUCUUUGGGCCUUUUAAAUUUCCGGCGUUGCCAGGCGGCGCGCCGACUGGAUUGAUGCCCACUUCAUUUCGCCUCGGAGAAGACCCAGCCUUGACGUGGACAGUGUUCGGCCGCCACGUCGAGUUCAAAGACGGACUUGCAGCGCUCAUUCUCGCAAAGACGUCGAUGGCACCAGAGUGUGUCAUCCCGCACCAGCGCAGCUCACUCAUGGGCGAUUCAUUUCUUGUUGUUUGGAAAUCCAAGGACGACGCCGCGCUAGCGUUCAAGCAGUUGCUGCCCGAGUGCCCUGAAAACCCAUGUGUCUGCUACUACGAGAAGGUCAAGUCGCUCUAAAUUGCGUCUCCACGCGCAGCCGACUCUUUUUAACGUAACCUAUUUUGCAUGCGGAUA